AUGGAUCAGGUCCGCCACUGUAGGCCAGGUGAAAACCACAACAAAGGCUGCAUGGGAGCUACGGGGCCCGGCAAAGCCGGCGGACGCUCUGCGAAGCCGGUAAAGAUAAGGUGAAAAAGUGUUUUCUCUCUGUUCGCGUACUCUCUUGGCCACAAGGAUUUUUGAAUAUCUGCCUCUGCAAAGCGCGAACUCAAACUUUCAUCAAUUCAUAGUCCCAUACCCGGUGGCAGCGCAAAGUUUAUCGUCGCAAUUAGGCAUGGCUCCGGGCCGGGCUUUCCAAAAUUUUCCGGCCCGGGCCGGGCCGACUAAUUUCUCGGCCCAACCCCGGGCUUCGAUUUUCAGGCCCGGCCCGGCCCGGGCAGGCCCGGUUUUUUUGAAAUCUGAGUUUUGCCCGGAAAAAAGGGAAAAAUUAGCUUUUUCGACAGAAUUUUUCAUUUUUUCGAACACAAUGCUGAUAGCGAACGUAAAGUGACCCUAUUUGCCACUCGCCCAAUUAAAAAAAUGAUUUUCAAGUCAAUUUGAAAAAAUUUUCAGAAGUUCUAAAGUGCGACCUCAUAGUUAAUAUGCUGGCAAAAACAUGAAAAAUUUUCAAAAAUACGCAAUACGCUUGUAGGUUUUUUCAAAUCCGAUAAAAGAUCUGUGAUAAAAUAUUUUUGCUAAAAUUUGGGUGACUAUACACAAAAUUUUAUGAUUUUUUGUAACCAUAUGGUAAGACAAUUUAUGGCGACUUAGUAAUUUAUAAAAAUCGUCAAGCGGCAAUUGCACUAUGUAUAGGCUUUACUAAAUUAUUCUUUACAAUUUGCGAAAAUGUGCCAUAGUUUCCCCUUCAUUUCCUGCUUUGUUUCUUUCCAACCUAGUACAAAAAUUUUCCGGGCCGAACCGGGCCGGGCUUUCCAAAUUUUCCAAGCCCGGGCCCGGGCCGGGCUUGGAGAUUUAGGCCCGGCCCGCAGGCCCGGGCCGGGCCGGGCUGGCCCGGUUUGCAGCCAUGCUUAGUCGCAAUGCAAACACUUCCAUUGUUUAACAACUUUAAGGUUAUUUGUAUUACUCAAAAUUGUAGUUAAAAUUUAAAAUAUACCCUAAGUUAUUGGCAUUUUCCUGGAUCUUUUCUUGAAUACAUCUAUUUAAAAAAACCCCAACAAAUUCUCCCUCAAAAAAAUAUUGAAAAAGAUAAGACAACAAGACGAUAAAAAGUCAACUGAUAGCGCACGAAAAGGCCUCUUAAAGGCACGGCUCAUCGUUCAGCCUGACAAGAACUCACAGCUCACCUCAAGACCUUCGCGUCGAAAGGGCGAGGGCCGGAAGGACGGUAUUUUAAUACAAUACGCGUUCAUUAUUGUGCAAUCGUUGAUAAACAAGGACUAUGGAUCUGACAGUGUUGAAGAUUUUGCUGCUGGUGGUUAUGGCAAUCGUGCCGUUUGUUUUUGCACUCAUUCCGUUGAAGGUAAUGUCAAAUGGGGUUUUUUAUGUAAAUUUUAGGGACUUAUAUCAGUCUGUCGGGAAAAUAAUGAGCGCUCUGUAGCAUCGAAAAUCACAUGGUUGCCGAAAAAAUGAAUUCUGUCGCUGCAAAGUCAAAUUGUUUUUCACUUUAGCGACGCGAUCGGUGCAGCGACGUUGUGCUCAUUAUUUUCCCGACAAACUAAUAAGUUCUCAUUAUUUUUCCAACAGAGUAUAGACAGGGCUGCGCAAAAUUCAAGGUCCAGGUUCAAGUCCAAUUUCUAUAAUUUUUGAAUCCCAUUUCAAGUCAAAGUUCAAGACCAUUCAAAGGCUCAAAAUUCAAACCCAACUCCCCACGGCUUCUUUUUUUGCUCUUUCCUGCAAUUUUUUUCCCUUUAUGUGAACCAACUGAUCAAUUAAUUUAUGCAGGAAGAAAAUACAAUUUUCUAACGCUAUAAAAAUCGAUUUCCUUAUAAGGAGUUUUUGCGUCCAAGUACUCAAAAAUCAGCCGCCAAAUUUUCCGUUCAAAUACAGUCGAGGGACCUGAUCCAGUGGCGAAAAACGUACCAUUUUGCAUCCGGGAAGUAUCGACAAAAUGUGGCAAAAUGCUUCCCUCUCCAAGUGAAAAAACUUUGUUUUGAAAGGCGCGCCCUUUCCCUCAAAAAAAAGAACGCUUUUGAAAUCGGAGUUUUUUCAAUUGGAGAGGGAAGCAUUUUGCCGCAUUUUUUAUACUUCCCGGAUGCAAAAUGGUCCCUUUUUUGCCACUGGAUCAGGUCCUCCACUGUAAAAGAUUUGCACAGUCAAUAUCCGUUUUUUUACUACAUACAGUUCACAUUAUUUUUGACCAUGAAAAUUGUGACUUCAGGUCUAUAGUUUCCUCUCCCAACCCAGUGAGAGAGUCCGUAAAUAUGCAACCCGCCUCAUCUCAAUGCUGUCCUGCUUUUGUGGUGGAGUGGUGCUCAGUGUGUGCUUGAUAGACAUGCUGCCGGAUGCACGGUAGGACGAGCUAUAAGCUCAAUGAAUACCUGCUUCAGAGAAAACUGGGAAGAGGCGAAAAAGUUGAUGGAAUACGACAAUGACUACCCAUAUGUCGAAUUGAUGGCUGGGAUUGGUUUCUUUGUUGUGUAUUUCGUGGAAGAGUUCCUUUGUCAAAUCUGUGGAUUGCAGCACAGUCACGAUGAUGAGGGAGUGGAUGAAAUAUUGUCGUAAGUGGCACAAAUUGGAAAGUAUUAUGUAUUGUACGAAGUGUACUGAACGUAUGGCAUAUCAUUAUAACAAACCCUUCUCUGCCUAGGUUUUAUGACAAACCUAACCAAUAUGAACUUAUCAAAAAGACUUGAAUGGUUAUCUAACAGUGUGUGUUGAGUAUGGGAGAUUUCCUGCGUAAUAAAAGUCCUCAAACUAACAAUUCAAGAGCUCCAAGUGUGACGCUUAGAUUUUGAUGAAACUUGGCAAAAAUUUUGAAUGAUUUUGUCUAACGCAAUUAGCCUAGCUUGCGCUUUACAGAAUAAACCGAGUUUUCAGAUCCAAAGUCGGCAAAAAUACGACAGUCUUUGGCCGAUUUUUGUGUGAUAAGUUUGACGCCAUUUCUACCGUAGAUGUUGUGUUUCCUGCGUACUUUUUUGACUAUAAAUAUUGUUGAACAUCUCGGCUGUUCCUGAAGAGCGUAAGCAAAAACUUUCAGGAACUAGCACAUGGCCUAUGGCCAAAAUGUGGGCAAAAUUUAAAUAAAAUCUGAGCGUCGCACUUUGAAGCCUUCUUUUAUAAGUUUGACAAAGUCAAGUGGACCUUUCGGAUAGAUAGAUCUCUACGAAAAACAGCCUAUUUUAAUAUCACAAUACUACAGUAUUGAUGGUUUUUACAUCCCUUUCCAAUCCAUACAUUCUUCAGUCACGACUGCCAUGACUGCGAACAUGACAUCGAAAAACCCCUACCUCCAAAAGAGCCAUCGACAAGCCCGAAUCCACUCGCCGUUUCCGGCAUCUCAAACGUUCUAUCAUUUGUGCUCGCGCUCAGCGUGCACUGCGCGUUGGAAGGUUUUGCAUUUGGAGUGCAAAACACAAUGGUCUCGGUUACGUCUCUUUUCUUCGGCAUUAUAACUCACAAGGCGCUGGUGGCAUUCAGCUUUGGAAUGAACUUGGCAAAGCAUCUGAGCCAUCGAUUAAUUGUGAUAUUGAUUUUGGUAUGUGUGAUCUCGUUGGCAAGUCCGAUCGGAGGCUUUGUUGGAAUUGCAAUCGAAGUGAGUCGAAUUUUUGUACAUAAAAGCACUUAAAAAAAUUGGCAUGAAACUUCGCGUGUCAAAAUUCGUAAAAACGAGUUACAUUUUCGCAAAAUUAAAUUGCCUUUUCACUUCAGCGACGCGAUUGGCCCAGCGACAUAGAGCUGAUUAUUUUCUCGACAUAUUAUUAAUUCCCCACCUUAUAAAGCCUUCCAUUUCAGAAUUCUCAAAUGGAUGAGAAGGCAAGACAUAUUGUUACAACAAUUUUGAGCGGGUUUUCCGUUGGAACCUUUAUUUAUGUGGCAUUUUUUGAAGUAAGUCAUCUUUCCAAGGCCUUUAUAUGUAACGCUUUUCAUACUUGUAGAUUCUCGCACCCGAGCACGCGAAUAAACAACCGCCGUUGAUGAAAUGGGCCGCCUGCAGUGUUGGAUUCUUCAGUAUGGCCGGAUUCUUGGCUUUUCAUCAAGAAGAAUAA